UAUGCGGUAUCUUUUGAAUGCGACUGUUCAAGACGUUUUGUUCGCUGUGAUCGCAAGAAAUCUCGCUCUGUAGCUCCUCUCUAACAGUCGUAAUUUCACCCUCAGCACGGGUACACAAUGUGCUUGGGUUCGACGCGUUUUUGUCGCUGAUAUUUCUAAUUUUUACGACGCCAAAUGGUGAAUGUACUUGAAAAUGGUAUCCCUAGAAACUUCUGGCUCCGAAGGCCUUUCGUCAAAGAAUAUUUUCAUUGGAGCAGCACUAGCAAUUACUGGAAAUCUCCUUAUCAGCAUUUCAAUGAAUAUACAGAAAUAUUCCCAUUUGCGCCAAGCAGAAGAGAAAAGUGAAACACACUAUUUGAAGAGUAAAAUAUGGUGGGUUGGUCUUAUUUUAAUGGUUCUUGGAGAAAUUGGAAACUUCUCAGCUUAUGGCUUCUCACCAGCAUCACUUGUGGCUCCACUUGGAACUACCACUGUAAUAGCUAAUGCCAUCAUUGCUGUUGUUUUUCUGAGGGAAAGAGUGCGAUACCAAGAUGUUUUUGGUGUUACCCUUGCAAUUGUUGGUGCCUUUUUGCUCAUAACAUUUUCAACCAAGGAGUUUUCAGAAUUGACUGGACAAGAAUUGGCAUCCUAUUUGCGUCAGUGGCCUUUCCUUGUCUAUCUGGCACUGGAAGUUGCUCUGUUUUGUAUUCUACUCAUUGCUCAAUGGCGUUAUGACUUGGAAAAUGUGGUAGUCUUCCUACUCCUGGUAGCAUUGUUAGGUUCUUUGACUGUAAUAUCGGCAAAAGCUGUAUCAUCCAUGAUAAACAUAACACUGGGUGGAAACAGUCAGUUGGGGCAUCCUUUGUUUUACGUCAUGCUUAUUGUCAUGAUUACCACAGCUAUCGCACAAGUCAAAUUUCUCAACAGAGCCAUGCAGUCUUUUGAUGCGACUGUUGUAGUUCCCACCAACUUUGUUUUAUUUACAAUUAGUGCUAUCAUAAGUGGUAUUGUUUUGUAUAAAGAAUUUUAUGGUCUUACAUUUCUGGAAAUAUUUAUGUUUCUUUUUGGGUGCAUUUUGUCGUUUAUCGGUGUUUAUUACAUCACCUCAGACCGAAAACAAGAGGAGUCAGACGAGCAGCUACUUCUUACAAAUGCUGACCUGUUCCCUGGAUUCUUGUCACUUUCCUCAUCGAAGUUGAUUGCAGUACAACCCAACAACAUGCUAACAGCCUCUCAUGUGGAGUAUCCCAUGCUCCCUAGCAAGCCAACUUAUGAAUCAACUGCUGAUGCAGAACAACAAGUGGAAGGAGGGACAUAACCUGUUACAACCUGAACAUUAAUUUCUUGCACAAAUAGUACUUUUGGAAUGAACUAUUAACAUGACGUUUUUGAUUCUGUCUUCCAAAUG